UGUUAGAUAUUUAUUUACUAAUUUAUUUAUUUUAAUUAAUUUAUUUUAAAGUUUUAUUUAUUUGUUUUAAUAAUAUUUUAAUUAAUUAAUUUUUUUACAUUUAUCUAAAUUUUUCCAUGCACUUCCUUGUGGCCCCUUGGGGGUCCCUGGACCCCAUUUUGAAAACCUCUGCCUUAGAUCACCAAAAUCAUCUUAAAUACCUCUAGGCAGCAUUUCUAAAUGGGCUUUUAGGGUAAAUUUUCUUUGUUGUACAAGGGCAGAUCUUACACUAUAGAACCCAUAAGUCCCUGCAGUAACUCUAAAGAAUGUUAUUAAUUUCUUAAGCAAACCAACAUACAAGAAAGUCUCCUUGAAUUUUCCUUGUUUCCUUUUGAUGGCACAGCGCAAAGAAGAUUAACAUAUUGGAUAUUAUAUAAACUUCUUGUCUGCUUAAAUGCUAAAAUGUUCUUCCUUUACCUAGAAAUCCAUUAAGAUUGGGACAUUUUAGAUUAGAUGUAUUUGUGGAAUUGCUUGGAUUCACCUGCUCUAGACAAUCCUGGGAUUUACAGUUUAUUUUUGACUAUCCGUCCUGGUCUAAAAUAGCGUUGACUGGAUUAGGUUUGUUGUAAAAAGUCACUCAUACAUCUAAACCCAAGCCAGGGAUUGUAAAAGCAAGGUCUAUUUCUUGCUGCUAAAAGAUAUCUUGGUGAUCUGCUUUGAUUUAUAUUUGUUCUGUUAUUUUUAGAUUCAGAAAACAGGUGAGGGGCGUGUACAUUUUGCAAGAAACUGAAGCUACUAGUGGAGUGUCAUGAGUUUUGCUAUGACAGGACUUGUAGUACUGUACAUGUGGAGUUGAUUGUUUCUCAAACCCCUGAAUGAAGUCAUAGGAGCGACUGUCCAGUAACUUUUCACUGGUUAGAGGAAUAACUGACUGUUCAGACGCGAUGGGAGUUGCAAACUCAAGAGACUAUCAACCAACGAUAACAGUUGUGCUGAAAAGUAAGUAUCGAACAGCACACAAUUAAUAGCAGUGUAUGUUUAGAGAUACUACAACUGCUGAGGCUGUUGAUAUACAGUAGCAUACUUAUUUGUUAGUAUAAGACCCUAAAUCUAAAGAAAGGUUUGGCAGGUUUUUGGUCAUGCUAGCAGAGUUUUGUUCAUACCUGUUCUGUCACACCAAAGUUCCCUGCCAUUGGAAGCCAAAUUAAAUUAGCAUUUUAUUCUCCUGUAUUUAGAAAUGAAAAAGGAAGUCUGUAACAUGUUACUUUAGUUUGAUGACUUACAGUAUUACUGAUUAUACAGUAUUAAAUGCGUGCUAAACAUGCUGAUUUAUUACAGUGCAUCAUGUACUUGGACUUAAUAAGACUUUGUUUAUCUGAAGAAUGCGUAAUAAAAAGGAUUAAUUUAGUAAUUAAGGCUAAAUGGUUUGAUAUUAGUUAAUUUUUUCAAAUUUAUUGAAAGUGCUGAAUGAUGUAGUGUGUUUUGUGGCGUUCUUCUCUUGUAAACUCUCAUCUGACUAGGAAUGAUGCAUGAUGGGAAAGAGGCCACUAAAUCCUGUUUUGCAUCACCCGAUUAAGUCUUUAAUCUCAGACACUAUAAAUAAUUUGUUUUGCUUUUUCCAGUGCAUCGCAGUGACAACUGCUUUGACUCGAAAGCAGGUUUAUUACAAUUGUGAUGAAGAUUCUCAAGAUCACUUACAGACGCAAUGAGCCCCUGAAGAAAGAUAAGCCCAAGUGGAAAAGCGAAUAUCCUAUGACAGAGGGCCAGCUGCGCAGUAAAAGAGAUGAAUUCUGGGACACGGCCCCAGCUUUUGAUGGCCGUAAAGAGAUCUGGGAUGCACUGAAAGCUGCAGCUGUAGCGAUUGACUGUAAUGACCAUGAACUGGCCCAGGCUAUUGUAGAUGGAGCCAGCAUCACACUGCCUCAUGGGUCCCUUAUGGAGUGCUAUGAUGAACUGGGGAACCGCUAUCAGCUCCCUGCAUACUGCUUGGCUCCUCCAGUCAACCUGGUGUCUGAGUGCAAUGAUCAUAAUUUGUCUGAAAACUCUGAGCUGCAGGAGAAGGAGAAGGAGUUCCAGCUGAAGGUGCGUCUCUCCACUGGAAAAGACCUUCGCCUCAGUGCCACGAUGGCCGAUUCCAUUCGUCAGCUGAAAAAACAGCUUAAAGUUCAGGAAGACAUUGAUACCGCCCACCAGCGCUGGUUUUUCUCUGGAAAGCUACUCACGGAUAAAACACGUUUACAAGACACCAAGAUCCAGAAGGACUUUGUAAUACAGGUCAUUGUUAGUAAGCCCAUUGUUCCCAACUAAACACAAAAAUCUUUGAACUGGGACUCAAUGAACUCAAACCUAUGUUUCCAUCAAGUCACUGAUCAAGUGUGAGUUUCAACUAUUGUGCUUUUUUAAAAUUACAGAAAUGUCUAUUUUCUUGAACCUAUGAGGAGCUGAAAAGGUCAAAUAUACAUGCAUAUAAGCAUGUGUAAAACAAUUAUAUAGUUCCACAGCAAUUGCAGAGUAUAUUCACAAGAUUUAGCAAAAUCAGUUCUUAAGUUUCUGUUUACUGUAUGCUUAACAAUCCAUAACUGUAGCACACUAUUUUUAUAAUAUUAAAUUAGAUACCUUGCCUUCUUGGUGUUAAUAUCCCUACAUAUGAUGUGUGGAUAUUCAUUUCCAUAUUCUAUGUGGUAUCAUUUGCCUUGAUCCUUGAUUCAAUCUGCUGUCCGUUACUGAGCAUAACUUUUUUCAAUUUACAGAGCGUAUGGAUUUUUAAAAUCUUAUUAGGGCACUAAUCAUAGACUGUUAUGAGACUUUUACGUAUUUGUGUUAUCUGUAAAAAACAACAACCUGUGCUGAAGUUGUUUGUAUACAUUUGUUUAUAAACAUACUUUUAUAAUUGAUUGCAGGACAGACAGGUUAAUCAUUUCUAAUAAAAAAUCAUUUUAAAUGAAUAAAGUUUGUAAUCAAUGUUGAAACAAAGCAAAUGGGUCUAAACUGUACAAUUACUGCAUAUUGUAAUAUUUAACAUUUUCUCACUGUCAACAUUUCACAAGUUUUUUUUUUAAUUUUGACAAAUUUUUAUACUGUGGCAAAGGUGUUUUUUUAAACUGAAUUUUUGAUUGAAAGGUUCACCGCUUCAAUUAUGAAUUGGCCUGAAGUGAACACAAGAUUUUUUUUUUCUUUUUUAAUAUGAUGUGAUGAAAUUAAAUAGCAAAUUUAAAACAUGUCAACAUGUGUGUCAGUGUAAAUACCAGAGAAUGGUUUAUUUUUCACACCAUAUUUUAAUAAACAACAUACAAAGAUAUAUU